UGAUGAGCUGACCAAACCCCAGGGCCCCUGCUCCUUACAGUGCAAGGGGCAGAAAGGUGAAAGGGGAGAUGGCCCUGGUAAUGGUGGACUGAGACUCCAGCAAAACACUGCGAUGUUUGAGUCAAUUGGCCUCAAGUCCAAAGGAGAGAAAGGAGAGAGGGGACUUCCUGGAACAGAUGGUGUCCCUGGGUUGCCAGGACGACCAGGACGAACCGGACCCCCAGGUUCAGCCGGACAACGGGGUUUAGAAGGUGUUCCAGGUGAUCUGGGGCCUCCUGGUAUCACUGGUCCAAAAGGCCAGAGAGGAGAGAGGGGGGAGCCUGGGUAUGUUAUAGGGGGCAUAGGAGACGGCCAUUAUGCUCCUGGACGAAAGGGAGAGCCUGGAUCAUCAGGACCCCAAGGGGCUCCGGGUGUACCAGGGGUCUCUGGACCCUCAGGCCUGCCUGGACAGUCAGGUUCACCUGGGUCCUCAGGGAUAUCUGUUAAGGGGGAACAUGGGGAGGCAGGUGCUAAAGGUUUGCGUGGGAAAGUAGGGGCCAAAGGAGACAAAGGAGAUCAUGGUAAAGAUGGCCAAGCAGGGUUACCUGGUCCCAUUGGAAUUGAUGGUGUUCCAGGCUUCCCAGGUCAAAUGGGAUAUAAGGUAAGAGUGUCCUUCAUCAAGAAGUUACAGUAUACCUGA